AUGGGACGGGAUAACCAAGAUCGCGGAGGUUCGAAGGUUGGUAAACUAAAGCGCGUAGAAGGUGCGCUGCACAGCGUGCCAUUUUUAGAAAGUCACCAAGACCGUGGUCACAGGGCCAAACAAGAUGAUUUCGAGCGAUUCACGACUUUAAUGCUGCCUUCCGAGAUUAUGGGUCGGCGCGAGCCAUCCCUUGCCGGUCCUCUAGCAGAGUACCGGCCAACAGGCAAAAGCGAAAAGCUCUUGCAAUAUAUCGAUUCAAAUUGGAGAAUCAACAAUACGCUGAUUGACUAUGACUUCGCCAACAGAAGCCGCGAGCAGGGGGAUGGAGACCAACUUCAGCUCGACGUUCAUCCCUUAAAGUAA